AAAACGAAACUACUAUAAUAGUUGCCGAGUUGGAAAAAACUACAAAAUAACCAGAAAGCAUUAUGGAGGAGAUUCAGACUUUGACAGAUAAGGAAUUGGUAGAUGAACUACGAAAGCUUGGAGCAAAUCCUGGUCCAAUUAUUUCUUCAACAAGAAGUGUGUAUGAGAAGAGAUUGCUGAAACUGAGGAGUGGAGGAAGUUUGAUCACAAAACAAAGCUCUCGAAAACAUUAUUCUGAAGUACCAGAUGAUGAGGAACAGUCGCCACCACCUAAACCCAGGUCCCCCAGACUGAGGAAGAGAGUAGUACCAAAACCAGAACCUGAAGAAGUAGAUGAAAUGGAUGACAGUGGUACCCCAGAUUUUGGUGAUGAAGAGCCGAAUGAAAGAUCUACAGCAGAAUCUGGGUCAGCACCCCAGCCAGCAGGAGGUGUGGCCAAGUAUGCAAAGAUCCUCAUCUUUAUCAUUGUCCUCUUCUUUGUAUAUCUGGUUUACAUCAACAUGGAACCAUCAUCUGGAAAUCGUGUGCCCAAGAUCAAAGGGGACUGAUCAUAUGCUCUGCUAAUUUAUGGACUGUGAUUUCACAACUGUUCUGUUUUACCAGUAUAUAUGUAUGUGCAAUUUGGCUUUGCUAUGUAACAUAUAACAUUUUUGGUUGCAUAAUUGUAGUAUUUAAUUCAUACAUAUGUAUUUAUUUAUAGUUUCAUGAUAAAAAAAAAAGACAGAGAUUAUGUAAUAUUGGUUACGUAUGAACAGUAAAAUGCAGUAUAAAAUUGCGAAGUUAUAUAUUGUACAAUCAAAAUGUAAUAUGUUGAUAUGAAGAUUUAAAAAAAAAUAAAUAAAAAUUUGCUUUCACAUGCAAUACA